AUGUCACGAACAGACAAGUCGUUCCUUGCAAAAAAGAUUAUUUCCAGCGACGGGCCGUCUCCAGCUGAGGAGGAUCACAACGUACCGCUUGUGGAGUGGUGCGCAGCGGGAAUUGAACCUGAGGAAGAGGCAAACCGUCGACGCUCCGUUCUUGAACACAUCAAUUGCAUUGUGCGGGCGUGGAUUCGGUCAACAAUGAUUGCAGAGUUUCGCAUGCCGGCUGAAGCGGCCGCUCAAGUGGAGGGCCGCAUUUUCGCAACGGGCUCAUACCGCUACAACGUUCAUGGUUCAGGUAGCGAUAUAGAUAUUGUACUAAUAGCCCCCAAUCGCAUUACACGUGAGCAUUUUUUCAAUACGCUAGCCCCUCGAUUGAGUCAUGAGUCUCGCAUUACCGAACUUCACUGCAUUCGUGAUGCCCGCGUUCCUCUGAUCGCCAUGGUUGCAGACGGAAUCGAUAUCGACUUGUCCUUCGGUUCUAUUCGCCAAGAUCGUGUCCCUGAAGUUAUCACAGACGACUUACUUCAGGGGCUUGACGACCAAUCUGUGCUCAGCUGUAAUGCUGUCCGCGUUGCACACAACAUCAUGGACCUUGUUCCGCACAAAGCUUCAUUUCGGCAGGCGUUGCGUUUUAUUAAGGCAUGGGGAAAGGCCCGUGGCAUCUACAGUAACACCUUUGGCUUUCCCAGUGGUAUCGGUUGGGCUAUUCUUGUUGCUUUUGUUUGUCAGUGUCACCCAAACCAAAACGCUGCUGGCAUGGUGGUGCGCUUCUUCCGUAUCUACCACACAUGGUUUUCCCCCAAUCCUCACGGAAGCGGAAGGGAGAAUCGUGCGAUUUAUUUAACCGAGACGAUGCGCGUCAAAACGAACUUGGGUCGCGGUUGGGACCCGCGGGAAUCGAAGUCCGACGCAUUAGCGCUUUUCCCUGUGCUCACCCCAGCAGUGCCAUACGGGAACGCUUGUUACAACGUGACGAUGACCAAUCUGAGGCAACUAUGUGAUGAGUUUGCUCGCGGCCAUGAGAUUUGUUCAUCCUACAUUGGGAUGGGCGUAGAGGAAACGAAAAUGAAACUGGGUCCACAUGGCAUCUGGAGCAAAAUUCUUGAGCCUGUGAAGUUCUUUGGGGAAUAUAAGUAUUACCUGCACGUUCAGGUUACUUGCACAGAUGCGGAAGCGUACCAAGGCUACGUGGAUGCCGUGGAGUCGAAGAUACGAUUCUUAUGGGCGGGAACAGCCGAAUCGCGAGCGCAGUCACUUGAAAGUUUUCCACAUGUGCGGCUGCGUUUGAACCCGAAAGGGUACGAAGCACCGGAGGAAGUUGAGGCGCGAAGUCGGUUGCUGAAGAAGGCGCCUCGAGGCGGCGGAAUACCGGAGAGCGGCGCACAGGGGCGUGCGGGCGCUUCUUCAAAUGGUAAUAGUAGCUCGGUAUCUUCUGCUGUAGGCGGGGGCUCUGCUGGCACUGCGGUGAAAUCAUUUAGUCGUCACUACUAUUUUGGGAUGUCUGUUGACUCGAAAGCGGCAUCAAUGAAGGUUGACCUUGCUCCCAGUAUACGCUCAUUCCACAACAUUGUCCGACAGUUGCGGCAGUACAGGGACGGCGUCACUCGGUUGCCUGUGAUUACUGUCGAGGACAUGACAAAGAUACCCGCCUUUGUAAAAGCAGCCGCUGGCUAUAAAGAUCCCGUGAGUACAACGGAAUCUGAUGCCGGUUCCGGUCGCGCCUGUACACCAUCGGAGGCAGAUACUGCGACUAGUAGUAAUGGGGCUGCCGCUGCUACGGCAGGGGCGUCGGAAGCUGCAGACAAAAGUGAAGGUGCACCCAGCGCUGAAACGGCCGGAGUCAAGCGUCACCGCGGGGAAGACGAUGAAAACGACGCCGCAGCGAUGAAGGUCGUAGCGAAAGACUCCGUAAACUCUGCUAUCGCGGACCAUGCGGGACCAAAAUUGGGAAAAGGCAGUGCGGAGGGUGGUGGCGCUCGCCGUGAUAAUUCAACUGGCCAUUCUAAGGUUUCACAAGAUGACGAUGAGGAGCUGGGGUUGGAGCAAGCGCUGGGACUCGGUUUUUGA